AUGGACACAGAUGAGGGUGGCUGCCACGGGGGCGGGACUGGGUACGUGCGGGGCAACCUUAGCUCCAAGGAGGACUGGGUGUUCCUGACAAGAUUUUGUUUCCUCUCGGAUUACGGUCGACUAGACUUCCGUUUCCGCUACCCUGAGGCCAAGUGCUGUCAAAACAUCCUCCUCUAUUUCGACGACCCAUCCCAGUGGCCAGCUGUGUACAAGGCAGGGGACAAGGACUGCCUGGCCAAGGAGUCAGUAAUCAGGCCGGAGAACAACCAGGUCAUCAACCUCACCACCCAGUAUGCCUGGUCAGGAUGUCAGGUGGUGUCAGAAGAGGGAACCCGCUACCUGAGCUGCUCCAGUGGCCGCAGCUUCCGCUCAGGAGAUGGACUGCAGCUGGAGUAUGAGAUGGUCCUCACCAAUGGCAAGUCCUUCUGGACACGGCACUUCUCAGCUGAUGAGUUUGGAAUCUUGGAGACAGAUGUGACCUUCCUCCUCAUAUUCAUCCUCAUCUUCUUCCUCUCCUGUUACUUUGGAUAUCUGCUGAAAGGUCGUCAGUUGCUCCACACAACUUAUAAAAUGUUCAUGGCCGCAGCAGGAGUGGAAGUCCUGAGCCUCCUGUUUUUCUGCAUCUACUGGGGUCAGUAUGCCACCGAUGGCAUUGGCAACGAGAGUGUGAAGAUCUUGGCCAAGCUGCUCUUCUCCUCCAGCUUCCUCAUCUUCCUGCUGAUGCUCAUCCUUCUGGGGAAGGGAUUCACGGUGACACGGGGCCGCAUCAGCCACUCGGGCUCUGUGAAGUUGUCUGUCUACAUGACCCUGUACACUCUUACCCACGUGGUGCUACUCAUCUACGAGGCUGAAUUCUUUGACCCGGGCCAGGUACUGUAUACAUAUGAGUCGCCGGCCGGCUAUGGGCUCAUCGGGCUGCAGGUGGCGGCCUACGUGUGGUUCUGCUAUGCCGUGCUCGUCUCACUGCGUCACUUUCCUGAGAAGCAGCCCUUUUAUGUGCCCUUCUUUGCUGCCUACACCCUCUGGUUCUUUGCGGUUCCUGUCAUGGCCCUGAUUGCCAAUUUUGGGAUCCCCAAGUGGGCCCGGGAGAAGAUUGUCAAUGGCAUCCAGCUGGGGAUCCACCUGUAUGCCCAUGGUGUAUUCCUGAUUAUGACCCGCCCAUCCGCGGCCAACAAGAACUUCCCGUACCACGUGCGCACGUCGCAGAUCGCAUCGGCUGGGGUCCCUGGACCAGGAGGAAGCCAAUCCUCGGACAAGACCUUCCCGCAGCACGUCUACGGGAACGUGACGUUCAUCAGCGACUCGGUGCCCAACUUCACGGAGCUCUUCUCCAUCCCCCCGCCCGCCUCUCAGCCCCUGCCCCGAGCGGCGCCGGAUUCUGGGCUCCCGCUGUUCCGUGACCUCCGGCCCCCCGGUCCCCUCCGAGACCUCUGAGCCCGCCGGACUCCGGAAACGUGAUGACCGCCGGGACCCUGCGCGUGACUCUCCAGGACUCCGCGAACGCGAGACGCUGCUCCUGGGAUGGAUGUUGCGAUGCUGGUCUCGACCCCGAAACCCACCCUCGGAUCUGUGACCUCGGACCCGCACUCUGUCCGCCCCGUCUCCAUUCCGGGGGUCCCUGGCAGAAAGACUUUUCCCCCUUCUUGCCAAAAUAAAGAGGAUUCGUUGAGUUUUUAUCUAUAA